AACAACCACUAUCAGUGGUACCAGGUUGAUUUUGGCCGAGCAAUGAAGGUCAAUGAGAUUGCGAUCCAAGGUAGACAGGCCUACAAUAACUUUGUCAAAAGCUUUUACGUCAGAUACAGCUCUGAUGAAGUCCACUGGAGCUACCAAAAAGAGACAAACAAAAUCAAGACUUUCCCAGCCAACAGGAAUAUGUAUUCCACUGUAACAAUAGCCAUGAAUCCACCAGUCCUUGCCAGAUAUGUAAGAGUCUAUCCACGUGGAUGGCACUCUCGUAUCUGUAUGAGGACGGAGUUCUACGGAUGUGAAGCAGACCGCUGUGAAAUUCCCCUUGGUGUCCAAGAUGGUCGCGUCCUACGUAACAUGAUGCACGCCUCUUCAUACCAUCCCAGUACUUCAUACAGACCAUGGAAAGCACGUCUGCACAGCUCAUCAGGCUCCUGGUAUUCUGGAAUAAGAAACACUAGACAGUGGCUCCAGAUUGAUCUUGGAGUCAUCUCUUAUGUCAGACGUAUAGCCACUCAAGGAGCUUAUAAUGGAAACUCAUGGGUCAAGAAAUACAUUGUCUCGUAUAGUGUUAAGGGGUUCAGGUUCAUUCCUUAUAAGGAGGGACAAAGAAUAAGGAUGUUCUUUGCUAACACGGACAGGUAUCAAGUCACAUUAAACAGGCUUCUUAAGCCAAUCAAGGCCCGCCAUGUAAGAAUUCAUCCAAAAUCCUGGCAAAGCUACAUUGCAUUGAGAGUCGAGYUGUAUGGCUGCAGACUUGGUAAAAUCUGUAACCAACCCCUUGGCUUAAGAAGUGGCCGCAUUCCUAGCAGCCGUAUCUCUGCUUCAUCUAAAUACAACCAAUUUGGAAAAGCCUCCCGYGGUAGACUUCACAGCAGAGCCCGUGGCCGGUAUUACGGAUCAUGGAUCGCAAAGUUCAAUAACCGUUACCAGUGGCUACAG